ACACACACACACACAGAAAGAGGUAGAGUCAUUAGGCUGAGGUAGCCCCAUAGACACAGUGUAUAGUAGUGGUGUAGCUACAUUGGCAGCAGCAACUAUGAGAGGAGAUAAGUUUACAGGUUGAGCUAGGCUGGUUGGCAGCCUUUGUCGCAUUCUUGGAGGAACAACACGAACCGUGAGACGUCGAAGAGUCGUGGGACAGUCCGUGUAACUGGAACAAUAAGUGGUGGAUACAUACGGUUUUUGGACGGAGAGCAGCGGCGGCGGCAGCAGGAGCAGGGCGAGUGUGUGAGUGCUUUGGCGGCGGUCCCGCUGCUAGCGAAACAUGAACAAAAACCACCGAGUGCCGAGCAACCGUUCUCUGAGUGCCGUGGAGGUGAAGAGCAAGUUUGGUGCAGAGUUUCGUCGGUUCUCGCUGGAUCGGUCGAAGCCGGGCCGCUUUGAUGAGUUCUAUGGCCUCCUGCAGCACGUGCAUCGCAUCCCCAAUGUGGAGUUGUUGGUGGGCUAUGCUGACAUUCACGGCGACCUACUGCCCAUCAACAAUGAUGAUAACUACCACAAAGCCAUCUCCACUGCCAGCCCUCUACUCAGACUGUUCCUGCAGAGGAAAGAGGAAGCUGAUUACACAACAUUUGGUACGGACUCGCUGACCAGGAAGAAGAACACAGUGCUUUCAGCGGUUCUUCUACGGCCUGACACCAACAGGAAAAAACCACCAGUGAUCAUCAGCCUGCCGAGGGACUUCCGCCCCGUCUCCUCCAUCAUCGAUGUGGACAUCCUUCCUGAGACACACCGACGCGUUCGCCUGUACAAACAUGGUCAGGAAAAACCGUUGGGCUUCUACAUCCGUGAUGGCUCCAGUGUGCGGGUCACUCCACAGGGCCUGGAGAAGGUCCCAGGCAUAUUCAUCUCUCGCAUGGUGCCUGGUGGGCUGGCGGAGAGCACUGGCCUAUUGGCAGUCAACGAUGAGGUGCUGGAAGUUAACGGUAUCGAGGUAGCUGGAAAAUCUUUGGACCAGGUGACGGACAUGAUGAUCGCUAACAGUCACAACCUCAUCAUCACCGUCAAGCCUGCCAACCAGCGGAACAAUGUUGUUCGCAGUGGAGGAGGAGGAGGAGGCACGGCAUCCGGUAGCUCGGGACGCUCGUCAGACAGCGGUGCCAGCUACUACGGCUACUCAUCGCACAGUGGGGUUGGUGCUGCGGCCUCCAUGCCAUCACACAUCAUCCAGAACUUCCCAGUUGGGGAGUUGGAGAGCGACGAGGAUGACGAGGACCUGGUGAUCGAGGCAGGGGGUGAGGCUGAGCCCAUCAGACGCGCCCCCUCCAACUAUAGCAUGCCCUCGCUGCCUCGCUACGAGCCACACCUCAACCUCCGCACUGCCGCCACCUCAGCCUCUGCCCUCUCUUUCAACGCCAAUGGAACCCUGCCAGCCAGCGGCAGCAGUGGAUCACUAAGCAACGCCAAUGCCACUUCAACCACACCGUCCCCAGAAAGAGCAAAUGAGAGGCGGAGUCUUGAGGAGGAAGGCACUGUUAUAACUCUGUAGGCAUUCACACGCUAAACACUGGAAACCAGAGAGAGACAAAAAAUUCAUACUUUUAUUCACACUUGUGGGAGUCAUGGAUCAGCUGAUCAAACACGGGAAUAUCCUGCACCAUCAUACAGCGACUGUACCUGAGAAGCACAAUGAAAAGUGUACAUACUAAAUCACAAUGUACAUCCUAACAUUUACCCAUCAAACACUGCACUCCAUACUUUACAUGCCAAUGACCACGUGUGUGUGCCAUAGUGGUGACGCCCCCCUCCCACCUCGCCAGUACACAGAAAGUGUAGUAUGAGUUUUAUGCCCUCCACUUCAUCUCUAAACCACUACAUGCACCUGUUUUAAACCUGGAAAAUGUUUUUACGCUGAGCUUCCACAAGAGAGCAGAGAUGAGACUCCCAAUCAUCAGUCCCAUGAAUAGAUGAAGAUUGAAGUCCUGUGAACAAGUUAUUCCACCCAGUGGCGUCCUCAAGGGGGUUCAUGGCCCCCUAAUAUAGUUGCUCCUCCCCCUCACUGGCCCUCCUGCGAAAAUAAUUGGAGGCCAACACUACUGUCUUAAAGAAGCUGUGGAAGCUGCGUGAAGGUAGUACUAUCUUGUAGGCAAAGAGCCAGUAUACUUCAACAGCAUAAUUGAAUUUCUGACUUUCAGGCUUUUGGUUUUAGUUGCCACCCCAAUAUUUUCAGUGGUCCCAUCUGGCCGGCCCUAUGAAAAAUUUCUGGGUGUGCCACUGAGUCCACCCCACCAUUACAAACAGACAUUGAAGCUCAAGCAUUUGUUGACAAUCUGUGGUUGUUUUUUGCCUCGUCACCCCACCCCUGCACCACACUCUGACCGCCUCCCUUUCCCCAGGUGACCACAGCAUUCUUUUAGUAAACGGUUGCGGUACUUUCCACACAAUUCAGUACAGCAACAGUCGACCAAGUGCUGAGAUCUGCAAUAAUACUGUAUUUUUUUUUUUUUAAUUGAGGAGAAACCACCGAAAAAACAAGUCUGGGUUCUUUGUGUUGACUCAGAUGCUUUAAACCAUGGAUGUUAGCGGUUCUUCUUCUUUUUACCUGCUGUGUUAAUGACUGAUAAUGAAAGAUUGAUGAAUUUGGUAAUUUUUGGGAGCAAGUUUUAAAUAUCCCUUUACCACCAGGCCUGUGUUUUAUAUUAUUUGAAUGUUUCUGUUUCAUUUUUAACAGUACUUGUACCUCACAGAUGACUGUAUGACCAGUUUCCAUCUGACCUAUUGGAGGUUUCGAGUCACUCGAAAAAAAUUGCUCCUAACAGGAAAUGAAACAUACUAGAAUUAAUUUCAUAUUUCCUUCAUAUUGCACUCCCUCUCCCUUCCACGACAAGGGCUAUUUCCCCUGCUGCAUGUGUACAAAUGACAAAAUGUGAAUGUGAUUUAAUAUGUUUUGUUUGUUUGUUUUCUCCCUCUUCAUUCUUUCUGGACCGUGACUCAAUAUAUCGUAUCUUAGUGCUGUACAAUAUAUUCAUCUCUGUAGUUUUCUAGCCAGAAGUUCACUUGGAUGUGUCCUGAGACAUUCACAUAUGAAAAGUGUUCUCUCCAGUAUUUCUGCACCAUUAACUUUUUUGUAUCUUCAUUCUUAUUGAAUUAAAUUAAUGGUGUACUAGGAGAGAAUAUAAUGUAACAACUGUGUUAAGAAUGCUACCAAAUGACUUUGACUUUUGGGCCUAAAUGGCAGAUUGAUAGCUGGACUGUAACACUGUUAGCAAGUAGAGCUGCAAAAAAGAGUUUAAAUGAGUGAUGCAUACAGUUACGAGAGAGAAACCACCUGUAUCUCAAAAAUAAGACCUGGUUAGAUUGAGUCAUAUUUAAACAAACACACAUUGCAGGUACACUGGGCACAAACUGAUUCACGUAGUGUAUUUAAUAAAGGUGAGGCAGGUCUGUGUUAUGUACAGUAUGUUGGCAUUUCCAUUGCAGCUGUUCCCCUGAGCAAAAAAAAAAAAAAAAAAAAAAAAAAAGACUACCUGAUUAGGCCUAAAUUGGAAAAUUCAAAUAUCCAUUUUUGUGUUUUCUUGAAAGCUGCACUUUAGAAAAAAACCCUUAUAAGCCUUUUGACACUUAUUUGUGACUCUGGGCAGUAUAAAUAUAAUUGACUUUGCUUAAAUGAUUUUUUGGCCGUGGACCUAGUCAGCCUGGACCCUUUUUUCCCACGUUUGUGUUUCUAAAUUGUCAACAUGGGCGGAUUAUGACACAAUGGGCCCCUGGGCCUGGACACGUAAAAGGCCCCCCUACACCCCCCCAGGCAGGAACAACAUGCUGUUGUUUGUCCCUGCAAAGUCCAAGUCCUUCUGAUGAUCUGGGCAUUUACACUCACUUGAAAUGUAUCAUGAUGGGUUUUUUUUUCUUGUGACAUUUUUCAAGUAAAUGUAUAGACUAUUCCUUCAUCAUUUUUGGGACUUUUGGGGCUCUGUUAUUGAAUGACCAAGCCAUUUGACAAGAAAUGCGAAGUUAAUAACAGUGACUUUUUGCAGAAGUUACGCCCAUGACUAUCGAGAGAGACCGCUCCAGUCACAGCAGCAAAACAGGCUGCAAUGUAAUUCCUAUGGGCAAUUGUGUGCUCAAUUUACAUCGAUUAAAGUGCUUGUUUUUGGCACUGACAGGUUCAGACUGUUAUAAUAAGUGUCUGACAACAUUACGGGAAAGUCCUUACAAGUCCUUUUGCCGGUCUGUGUGUUAGUGGGUGCGGUUACGUGAUGGCUUCUCAUUCAGAAAUAAAGUUUUUCAACGUAGUUUACAUGGGAAAUAUCCAUUCGGAAUGAGGGUUUACAUGGGAGAUCAGUUUAAUCACCUUCAUUUGGGUCUGCGCAAGGUUUGGGGCAGGGAAGGUUUCUGAUUGGAUAGGGGCGGGGCGGAUGUUACGUGUACCGGAAGAAAACACUGUAGUCCUCGCUCCGGAUAACAAGAUGCUUGAUGUUGCCGUUCUUAGUGCCUUUUUCGGGCUUGUUUUGCUUAUAUUCUUGAAGCAGCAGUACAACAACAACCAUGUUCUGCUAAUACUUCGUUUGUUAAGGAGUGCUGUGUGAGUGCAACGAGUCCGACUGCUCUAUCUCAGCCCGUUGCUAUGCAUGCUGUAUACGUCAUUGCGCCAGAAGGGCAAGGAAACGAGCAUGCGCAGAAAGAACGCAAUGGCCGGAAUCGGGUAGGAGGUUGUAUACAAGACAGAAAAAUUAUUCCAUUUGUGUUCUGAAAAGGAAUAUUCCACCCCUGUGCACCUGAUUAGAUUUUCUUUAGGGUUGGAUGUUUUUAUUCAGGUUGAGGUGUUUACAAGGAGCAUUUCUAUUGGGGUAGGGCUUCCAACCCGAAUGCAAAAGGAAUACAUGGCUCCAUGUAAACGCACGUAUUGUGACCAAGUCUUGCUCAAGAAGAUUCCUUGUCUUGCAAGAGGUGGCGUUUUGCAAGAAACACAACAGUGGAAAUGUUAGUGAGAGGUGGAGAGAAACAGCAGUUUCUUGUGUUGGAGUACAGAAAGUGUAGCUUAGUGUUAUCUACAAGAUGUUCAAUGUCAUGGCUGAAUAUUUGACUGGACAACAUGGAAAAAAUCCCUGAGAUUUCAGAACAAGAAUUCUUGAGCGAGACUUGGUAACGCACACCAACAAACAGACCGAAUCAUUGAAAGGUAAAGAAAAACAUUUAAUUCCUCUCUAAUAAUAACAAUCACAUCCUGUCAGUGGCAAAACAAGCACUGUUGAUGGACUUAAAUUGAUGGUGCACAAAUGCCUGUAGGGAUUACAUUGCAGCCUGUUUAGCUGCUGUGGCUGCAGCUGUGUCUCUCAAUACUGCACCAAUUUUGAAAAGUAGUUGUUUCUAUUAGUCAUUUAAGCCCUGUUCCCCUGGGACUAGUAUUACCUGGGGAUCUCUGCUAACUUCUAAUAAUUGCGGAGGUUAUCUGUAAUCUCGUGUGAAUCUGCCAUGUCUGUAAAUUGUCAAGUAAAAAUUCCACUGCAAAUUAUCUACCAUAUUUUGCCAAACACAGAGGUCAUGUGAUGCUGUUAUUCCUGUGCGAAUGCCCCACACCAAACACGGAUGAAAGGGGGUGUAAUCUCUAAAUCUCAUGCGGCCCCCAGGUAAUACUAGUCCCAUGCAAUUAUGGCUUUAGACACAAAAACAUGGGAAAAUAAGGUCCAGGUUCAAAAAUAAAGUUUUCAUUUGAUCUGAAUUCACCAACAAGUUUUCAUAGUGCAGCUUUAAAUUGUAGUUGAGGGUCUUUGCACUUAAAUCCAAUUAAUUUGCUGAUGAAAUCCCUCAGAAAGGUGUGCUCUGAUCACAUGCCAUGAAAACUUUGUCCACAGAAAGAAGUAAAUCUGGUACUUUCAGUACCUGUUCUUGAAGCAGAUCCAUAACAUUUAUUCUAAGUAUGUACAUGCUGCUGCUAACCGCCUGCCUGAAGUGAGAGCACAUGUCUGUUAUUUCUCUUAUUGAUUUUCAGCAUUUGCUCUCUUGCUAAAAGUGAUACCACUGACUUCAGCACAGAUUUUAUCUCACUGGCGAAAACAUGGUGGACACACACACACACACACACACACACACACACACACAAAGGCACUCUCAGUAAUGUCUAAUGGCUUCAUCUGAACCUACAUGCACUUGUUAUGAAAUACAGUACAUUCAUAUAGCUCACCAUCACACUAAUGUUCACCCUUUGUAGUUCUAUUUGUUUGAAUAUCUGAUGAGCCUAUCAGGCAGUGAAAAUCUAUGACUGGAAACCAACACACAGGUCAUGUGUGUACAUCCACUGUUGUAUUUCAAGCUCUAUGUAUAAGGUACUGUCUUUUUGGCCUUUUAUGGUACACACAGUGCUGGUGGGAUCCUGUCGUCUUUCAUUCCCAACAUAAAACAGUAAUGAAUGGUACUCUGAAUGGAAGACUUUUAGAAAUCAAUGUUAAUUUAUUUUCUUAAUUUCUAACUUUACCACAGGACACUGGGAUUGUAACCACAGCGACAUUAUUUAUUCUCUAAUCAUGUGUCUGCAUAUUUUCUUCCUUUGUACACAUUUUAUGACUUUAUUUUUUAUAACUGAUAUGUUUUUGUUUAUCUGUGAUUGUUGUUUUGGUCCUAAAUCUCAUGGUAGAUGUUUUUGCCCAAUAGGAGAUGAUUUCAGUGAUUUUAGUGUUCUGGCUGAAGCAACAGGAGAAUCUGUGCAAGACGUGACACUAUUUUUUUUUUUUUUUUUU